AUUGAAGAAGAAAAAGGGCAAGCAAAGUUACCCUUCACUGAUACGCAUGGACGUGCUCACAACUAUCUCCGAAUAUCACUUACCGAAAAAUGCAAUCUUAGAUGCCUUUAUUGCAUGCCAGAAGAGGGGGUGGCACUCUCUCCAUCAAAAAAUCUACUCCAGUCAGAUGAAAUCGUCCGACUUGUUGCUAUAUUCGCUAAGCAUGGUGUUGACAAAAUCCGGUUGACAGGAGGAGAACCAACUAUAAGGGAGGAUAUAAUCGAGAUUGUAGCAAGGAUAAAGAAUGUCCCCGGAAUUAAGGAUAUUGCGUUAACCUCCAAUGGUAUAGUACUAGCAAAGAAACUACGUCAACUGCAAGAAGCUGGCGUCACAAAGGUUAAUAUCAGCUUGGAUACAUUAGACCAACACAAGUUCCUCUUACUGACCAGAAGGAAUGGAUUCACAAAAGUCAUGAAAUGCAUCGAACUUGCAGAAACAUUGUUCCCUAUUGUGAAAGUUCGUUACUUUACUGGUCCUAUAAUAAAUACGGUGGUGAUGAGAAAUGUGAAUGAUGAUGAGGUCAACGAUUUCGUUGAGUUAACGAAAAACCGCAGAUUAGAUGUUCGAUUUAUCGAAUAUAUGCCGUUUGUGAUUACCGAAUUUCAGGCCUACAAAGUGUUAGGAUCUAAAGGGCAGUUUGGGUUCAUCACAUCAAUGAGCGAGCAUUUCUGUGCGACAUGUAAUCGUUUGCGCAUAACCGCCGAUGGGAACCUGAAGGUUUGUCUCCACGGCACUGCAGAAGUGAGUAUGCGGGAACUUCUGCGAAGCGGUGCUUCGGAGGAGGAGAUUUCAGAAGUGAUAGAGAAGGCGGUGUGGGGCAAAAAGAAACAACAUGCGGGGAUGGAAAAUCUGCAACAUAUGCCCAAUCGUCCGAUGAUUCUCAUUGGAGGUUAACU